UUCCAGAAGUCGCCAGCAGAUCAGUGCGACUUAACAGCGCAGCUGCACUCCAUCUUUUCAACUUUAAAAGUCGUAAUUUUAUCUGCAGACACUUAUUGAGUGUCCCCGUCCUCCAUUCAACAUGUCCUCAAUGGGGACUCUAGCCUUUGAUGAAUAUGGAAGGCCCUUCAUAAUCAUAAAAGAUCAGGACAAGAAGACACGGUUGUCGGGCCUUGAUGCACUGAAGUCUCACAUUAUGGCAGCGAAGGCGGUUGCGUCGACGCUUAGAACGUCUAUAGGACCAAACGGCCUUGACAAGAUGAUGGUUGACAGGGAUGGUGAGGUGACAGUCACCAAUGAUGGUGCCACCAUUCUUAGCAUGAUGGACGUGGAUCAUCAGAUUGCCAAGCUAAUGGUGGAGCUCUCAAAAUCCCAGGACGACGAGAUUGGUGAUGGGACCACAGGAGUUGUUGUGUUGGCUGGGGCUCUCCUGGAGCAAGCAGAGCAGCUGCUGGACCGGGGCAUCCACCCCAUCCGCAUCUCGGAUGGUUAUGACCAGGCAGCUCGCAUCGCCAUCGACAAGCUGGACUUGAUUAGUGAGACCUUCCCUUUCGACCCGAACAACAGAGAGCCCCUCGUCCAGACCGCCAUGACAACGCUGGGCUCCAAAGUAAUCAACCGUUGCCACAGACAGAUGGCAGAGAUUGCAGUGAACGCAAUUCUCACUGUGGCAGACAUGAACAGGAAAGAUGUGGACUUUGAGCUCAUCAAGAUGGAGGGCAAGGUGGGGGGCAAGCUGGAGGACACACAGCUCAUCAAGGGAGUCAUCGUGGAUAAGGAGUUCAGCCACCCUCAGAUGCCCAAGGUUCUGAAAGACACAAAGAUCGCCAUCCUCACCUGUCCGUUUGAGCCCCCCAAGCCUAAGACCAAGCACAAGCUGGAUGUGACCUGCGUGGAGGACUACAGAGCUCUGCAGAAGUACGAGAAGGACAAGUUCCUGGAGAUGAUCCGCCAGAUCAAAGACAACGGUGCCAACCUGGCCAUCUGCCAGUGGGGCUUUGAUGACGAGGCCAACCACCUGCUGCUGCAGAACGAGCUGCCGGCCGUGCGCUGGGUGGGAGGCCCUGAGAUCGAGUUGAUUGCCAUAGCGACGGGCGGGCGCAUCGUGCCUCGCUUCAGCGAGCUGACCCCCGAGAAGCUGGGCUCGGCCGGCCUCGUCAAGGAGAUCUGCUUCGGGACCACCAAGGACCGCAUGCUGGUCAUCGAGGAAUGCAAGAACUCCCGGGCCGUCACCAUCUUCAUCCGCGGAGGCAACAAGAUGAUCAUUGAGGAGGCGAAGCGUGCCCUCCACGACGCCCUGUGUGUCAUCCGUAACCUGGUCAGGGACAACCGUGUCGUCUACGGGGGCGGGGCCUCCGAGAUCGCCUGCGCCCUGGCUGUCAACAAGGCAGCAGAUAAGUGUCCCUCAUUGGAGCAGUAUGCCAUGCGGGCGUUUGCUGACGCGCUGGAGGUCAUCCCCAUGGCUCUGGCUGAGAACAGUGGGCUGAACCCCAUCCAGACCAUGACCGAGAUCCGGGCCAAGCAGGUCACAGAGAACAACCCAGCCCUGGGCAUCGACUGCAUGCACCUCAACAACAACGACAUGAAGCAGCAGCACGUUAUUGAGACUCUGAUCGGGAAGAAACAGCAGAUCUCUCUGGCCACCCAGGUGGUCAAGAUGAUCCUGAAGAUCGAUGACAUCAGAAGCCCCGGGGAGUCUGAGGACUGAGGGACCAUCUGCGAGGCUCUGCAGGUGGCAGCGUUAUGAGAAACUGUUCUAGAACAGUCUCAGGCACUUCCCAGGCACUCUGUACCAACCUGCGUACUGUUAUUUAUCACUUGACAGAAACCCUCCCUUCAAACUGUUGUAGUUGUGAAGAUGUCAUUAAAAUGUUGGUCUGUGAAA